AUGGCGGAGCUGCCGGCGUCAGAGAUGCCAGGGGACCCCGCGCUGUGCAGCGGGCGCUUCACCAUCAGCACGCUGCUGGGGGGCGAGGAGCCCCCACCGCCCACUGCCUACGACAGCAGUCACCUGAGCCACGGCAGCACCUUCUACAUGCGCACCUUCGGCUACAACACUGUCGACGUCGUGCCAGCCUAUGAGCACUAUGCCAACAGCGCCCUGCCCGGGGAGCCCCGAAAGGUCCGGCCCACGCUGGCUGAUCUGCAUUCCUUCCUCAAGGAAGGCAGCCACCUGCAUGCCCUGGCCUUUGACAGCCGGCCCAGCCAUGAAAUGACCGACGGGCUGGUGGAAGAUGAGCCAGGCACCAACAGUGAGAAGAACCCCGGGGAGCCUGUGCGCUUUGGCUGGGUCAAGGGGGUGAUGAUCCGUUGCAUGCUCAAUAUCUGGGGCGUGAUCCUCUACCUACGGCUCCCCUGGAUUACAGGCCAGGCAGGCAUUGUCCUGACCUGGAUCAUCAUCCUACUCUCGGUCACCGUGACCUCCAUCACCGGCCUCUCCAUCUCGGCCAUCUCCACCAACGGCAAGGUCAAGUCAGGUGGCACCUACUUCCUCAUCUCCCGGAGUCUUGGCCCAGAGCUAGGGGGCUCCAUUGGCCUCAUUUUUGCUUUUGCCAACGCCGUGGGUGUGGCCAUGCAUACCGUGGGCUUCGCAGAGACCGUGCGGGACCUGCUCCAGGAGAAUGGCACACCCAUCGUGGACCCCAUCAAUGACAUCCGCAUCAUCGGCGUGGUCACCGUCACUGUGCUGCUGGCCGUCUCCCUGGCUGGCAUGGAGUGGGAGGCCAAGGCCCAGGUGCUCUUCUUCCUUGUCAUCAUGGUUUCCUUUGCCAACUACCUGGUGGGGACGCUGAUUCCCCCAUCUGAGGACAAGGCCUCCAAAGGCUUCUUCAGCUACCGGGCGGACAUUUUUGUCCAGAACUUGGUGCCCGACUGGCGGGGCGUGGAUGGCAGCUUCUUCGGGAUGUUCUCCAUCUUCUUCCCCUCGGCCACAGGCAUCCUGGCAGGGGCCAACAUCUCCGGGGACCUCAAGGACCCCGCUGUAGCCAUCCCCAAGGGAACGCUCAUGGCCAUUUUCUGGACCACUGUCUCCUACCUGGCCAUCUCGGCCACCAUUGGCUCCUGCGUGGUUCGCGAUGCCUCCGGGGCCCUGAAUGACACAGUGACCCCCGGCUCAAGCACCUGCGAGGGGCUGGCCUGUGGCUACGGCUGGAACUUCACCGAGUGUGCCCACCAGCGCAGCUGCCGCUAUGGCCUCAUCAACUACUACCAGACCAUGAGCAUGGUGUCCGGCUUUGCGCCCCUGAUCACGGCUGGCAUUUUUGGGGCCACCCUCUCCUCUGCCCUGGCCUGCCUCGUCUCUGCUGCCAAAGUCUUCCAGUGCCUGUGUGAGGACCAGCUGUACCCACUGAUCGGCUUCUUUGGGAAGGGCUACGGCAAGAACAAGGAGCCAGUGCGUGGCUACCUGCUGGCCUAUGCCAUCGCCGUGGCCUUCAUCAUCAUCGCUGAGCUCAACACCAUUGCCCCCAUCAUCUCCAAUUUCUUCCUGUGCUCCUACGCCCUCAUCAACUUCAGCUGUUUCCACGCCUCCAUCACCAACUCACCUGGGUGGAGACCCUCGUUCCAAUACUACAGCAAGUGGGCGGCGCUGUUUGGGGCGGUCAUCUCUGUGGUCAUCAUGUUCCUCCUCACCUGGUGGGCAGCCCUCAUCGCCAUCGGCGUCGUCCUCUUCCUCCUGCUCUAUGUGAUCUACAAAAAGCCAGAGGUGAACUGGGGCUCCUCGGUACAGGCCGGCUCCUACAACCUGGCCCUGAGCUACUCGGUGGGCCUCAACGAGGUAGAGGACCACAUCAAGAACUACCGCCCCCAGUGCCUAGUUCUUACGGGUCCCCCCAACUUCCGCCCAGCCCUGGUGGACUUUGUGGGCACCUUCACCCGGAACCUCAGCCUGAUGGUCUGUGGCCACGUGCUCAUCGGACCCCGCAAACAGAGGAUGCCUGAGCUACGGCUCAGCGCCAAUGGGCACACCAAGUGGCUGAACAAGAGGAAGAUCAAGGCCUUCUACUCGGAUGUCAUUGCCGAGGACCUCCGCAGUGGUGUUCAGAUUCUCAUGCAGGCCACAGGUCUCGGGAGAAUGAAGCCCAACAUUCUGGUGGUUGGGUUCAAGAAGAACUGGCAAUCUGCUCCCCCAGCCACAGUGGAAGGCUACGUUGGCAUCCUGCAUGAUGCUUUUGAUUUCAACUAUGGUGUGUGUGUCAUGAGGAUGCGUGAGGGGCUCAACGUCUCAGAGGUGAUGCAGGCACACAUUAACCCGGUGUUUGACCCGGUGUUUGACCCAGCGGAGGAUGGCAAAGAAGCCAGCACCAGCAGGGCCAGGCCGUCUGUCUCAGGCACACUGGACCCUGAGGCCCUAGUGCGGGAGGAGCAGGCCAGCACCAUCUUCCAGUCUGAGCAGGGCAAGAAGAGCAUUGACAUCUACUGGCUCUUUGAUGACGGAGGCCUCACCCUCCUCAUCCCCUAUCUUCUUGGCCGCAAGAAGAGAUGGAGCAAAUGCAGGAUCCGCGUGUUCGUGGGGGGCCAGAUCAACAGGAUGGACCAGGAGAGAAAGGCGAUCAUUUCCCUGUUGAGCAAGUUCCGACUGGGAUUCCACGAAGUUCACGUCCUUCCUGACAUCAACCAGAAGCCGCGGGCUGAGCACACCAAGCGGUUUGAGGACAUGAUUGCACCCUUCCGCCUGAAUGAUGGCUUCAAGGACGAAACCACUGUCACAGAGAUGAGGCGGGACUGCCCCUGGAAGAUCUCAGACGAGGAGAUUAACAAGAACAGAGUCAAGUCCCUCCGGCAGGUGAGGCUGAAUGAGAUUCUGCAGGAUUCCUCCCGGGACGCCGCUCUGGUGGUCAUUACCUUGCCUAUAGGGAGAAAGGGGAAGUGCCCGAGCUCGCUGUACAUGGCCUGGUUGGAGACGCUGUCCCAGGACCUCCGACCUCCGGUCAUCCUGAUCCGAGGGAACCAGGAGAACGUGCUCACCUUUUACUGCCAGUAA